GUGGUCUGUAAACUCGAGCUGUGAGAGUGCUGAGACUGUUGGGUUGAUAUCUCGAGCUAUACCAAUUCAAUUAAGGCGUGUGAGAUACCACAAGAAAUCUCUCAAGACGAGGAAUCCGUGAAGGUCUGGUUUGCAUCAAUCGAAGUAGUGGAAGGCUUCCAAAUCGUCCGAGCAAAACACAACCUCGCAGAAACGGAUCUACUCUUCUAAAUUUCAGGUAGAACUUGAAGGUUGCCACCCUCGCCGUUGCUCCAAGAGAAUUCAGGAGAAGAAGACGUGAAAUGGAACGUACCGGGAAAGUUACUCGACGGAACCCGACUGGCCAGGCACCGGGAGGGUCCCAACGUGGCAGUCGGGGGGCAUCGAGGGCAUCCAGGGGACAAGGCCGUGCAGGCCACUCGCUGACCGUGAGUGACGGCCAUGUUGAGACGAUUGACGAGCAUUAUGAGUCCGAGGAGGAUUCAACUUACCGACCGGGAACUGAGCCGGUUGAAACCCCAUAUGAUGGGGAGGAUGAUGACGUUAGCGAAGAGAGCAAUGAUAAUGACGCCCUCGAGCGGAUUGAGGAAUUGCUUCGGCAAUACGAAAAAAGAUCGCCAAAGGCGCCGGGCAAGGCGUGCUUCGGGAGGGGCUUCGAGAAGAGGGAGCCGUGUCAGCUCUAGGGAACAUGAGGAGUCUCGAGGAGGAAGAGGUGUCGAGGUUCCUAUCAUAAGAAUCUCGAAAUACCUCAAAGAGGCGAGAGAGUUGGGAUGCAAAUCAUUUGAUGGAAUGGGAGACAUCUCCGUGGCAGCCGAAUGGAACAAAAGAUUCAAUGAAGCGGCCCUUGAUAUGCAGCUGCCACCCCAUAUGAAGAUGAGAGUGGCAACAAAAUUGCUAGAAGGAAUGGCGUCCACAUGGUGGGACGGUGUCAAGGGGAAGUAUGGUGAGGCGGUCACUUGGGAGAACUUCAGGCAAGAAUUCUUUAGCCAAUACUACUCCGACUUCGAGGUGAACUUGAAGAGGAGGGAGUACACGAAUUUGACCCAAGGAGGGGAAUGCACGGUGAAGGAACUUGAGCACAAAUUCAGAAAGCUUGCCGAGUUCAUACCGGAGUACAUUUGUGAUGAAAAUCGGAUGGUGAACCAUUUCUGGGAUGCCUUGGACCUUGACAUACGUGAGAGGGCAACACAAUUGCCUAAUAUGACAUUUAGUCAAGUGGUGGAACAAGGUUUGAAGGGAGAGAAGGAGUGGGAAGAGAGGAAGCGAAGAAAUGCCGAGGAGGCAAAGAAAAGAAAAUGGGAGAACCAUGGCCCCCAGGGUUCAAACAAGAAGGGGAAUCACGGGGGAGGAGGAUCCUUCAGGGCACCCGCACCACCAUCAAGGGGGAAUCCCAACAUGGGUGGGCAAAACUCGGGGUUACAAGCCUCGACGAAGCCUAAGUGCAAGAAUUGCAAGAGAAAUCACGAGGGCAAAUGUCGUGAUCCCCCACGGUGCUACCAAUGCAGAGAUACGGGGCACAUAAAGCCCAAUUGCCCUCAACUUGGUGGGAACCAGUCAUCAGGACCAAGCAGUGCAACCACGGUGAGUAAAAACCGGGGUGGGGCACCAAAUGCAAGCGCGGGCCACGGCGGGGCAAGUACAAGCAACGCACCCUCCGUGAACCAAGGAAGAACUCAAGCGAGAGUGUACGCAAUGACUGAGGCAGAUGCUCGGGCUAAUCCCGACUCCGUCGUAGGUAAUACACUUAUUUUGGGCAUUUUUAGGCUUACUUUGAUCAUGUACGUCGUUGGGAUUGAGUGCGGGCCACCCCGGGGCCAAACCGGGUGAGUUAGGCCAAAUCAGGCUGGAAACAGCCACUGCCGGCCAGGCACGCCCG